AUGGUUGGGAUGACGGAGUUAUCAGAAGCUGAGCUGCAAAACCUGUAUACUUGGGUCGACGAGAUACCGCUGUCAAGACCGAAACGAAACAUUGCCCGAGACUUUAGUGAUGGAGUCCUGGCGGCCGAGAUCGUGGCUCACUAUUUUCCAAAAACGGUGGAGACGCAUAAUUACAGCCAAGCAAACGGGUUUGCUCAGAAGAUGUACAAUUGGAAUACGCUUAACUUGAAAGUCUUCAAGAAGCUGCAGUUCAGUGUGACUCGAGAGGAGAUUGAGGCUAUCAGCAACUGCGUACCAGGGGCAAUCGAAAAACUGCUGAAGCAGUUGAAAGUAAAGAUUGCGAAGUACAAACCGGGCAGAAGGCCUUCAUCUUCCGAGGGACCGGCUCCAGGUACGGAAGGAAUGGCCUCACAGUCUGGUCAUCAGCGGAGGGGAGACUCCCUGUCACCAAACAGCAAGGCGCUGAGCUACGGGGGAGCGAACGGGACCGCCACAGAUCCCACUAGGAGGUUCCAAGAUCUGGAAGCCGUUGCGGAGAAGGACGCCAAGAUUUUAGAAUUGCGGGAGACAAACGAGCUUCUCGAUUCGAAAGUGAAAAAGCUCGAGCAAUUGGUUAGGUUAAAGGAGUCAAAGAUCCAGGCGUUGACCGCAAAACUGCAGCAAGCAGGCCUUGCGUAG